UUCAUCGAUCCAGGGCGCCGUCUUACGUUGCACUUGCGGCAGAGAGAGAUGGCGGCCAUGGCGUCGGGAGCGGACGUGAAGGUUGAGCCUCCAUGCGAGAACUUGGAGGAGGACGAGCAGGAGGGAUACGUGCGCGGCGAUUUGCUCGACCUCUCUAGCAUGGACAUCCAUCUCGAGGAGAAAAUGGUCGCCACCGCACUGGGCAACCGCAGCAGCAGCGUCAGCUGCGGCGGUGGAGAGGUGCCCAUGGCGCCGUGGGUGCUCGAUCUCUCCAGGCUCAAGAUCGGCGAUUUCGUGAAGCAAGGGUACCACGGCACGCUGUUCCGCGGAGAGUACGAUGGCCGCGACGUCGCCGUGAAGCUGCUCGAGUGGGGAGGGGACGGGUACUCGACGCCCGAACAGAUUGACCGCCUCCGAGCGUCGCUGCGGGACGUGGCCGCCGCCUGGCACCCGAUCGACCAUCCGAACAUCGCCAAGUUCGUCGGCGCACACGUUGGUACCUCGCCUCCGCCGGACACAGCGUGCUUUGUCGUGGUCGAGUACCUCACCGGAGGAACACUGAAGAAUUACCUGAUCAAUCAUAUGGAAUCCAAACUGUCCUACAAGAAUGUCGUCGACUUGGCGCUGGCAAUGGCCAGAGGGCUGAGCUGCCUGCACUCGAGAAAAAUUGUGCACCGCGACGUGAAGACGGACAACAUGCUUCUCGAUGAUAAGCAGAACCUCAAGAUCGCCGACUUCGGUGUAGCCCGCAUCGAGUCUGACCCAAAGGACAUGACGGGGCUGACGGGCACGCCACGCUACAUGGCGCCAGAGGUGCUUGACGGGAAACCUUACGACCACAAGUGCGACGUAUACAGCUUUGGCAUCUGUCUCUGGGAAAUCUACUGCUGUGAGAUGCCGUACAUGGACAUCAGUUUCGCCGACGUCACGUCAGCGGUCCUCCACAAGCACUUGCGGCCUGAGAUCCCAAAGUGUUGCCCGCGGGACAUGGCACGUAUCAUGAGGAGGUGCUGGGACGCUGAGCCAACGUCGCGGCCGGAGAUGCAUGAGGUUGUGGAGAUGCUAGAGAAGCUCAACAUCAGGAAAGGCCGUGGCAUGGUGCCAGCGAGACAACCUUCCGGUUGCUUCUGUUUCUCUAUUAGGCGCCAUCGCUCAUAGCUAAAUUGACAUGCAUGUGGUCAUAGCUAAAUUGUCAUGUACAUGUAAUUAUAUAGGUGUCUUGGUCAUUGUCAGUCUUAGCUAGUUUUGAUCAUGUUCUUUUCCUUGUACCAACCAAAGGUGGUAUUGUGUUACGAGAGAUGAGUCUAUAUUCUAAACAUAUAUAUGUAUAUA